CCAAUUCUAGUGUGCCAAACCAAAACCAAUCUCCAGUGUGUUGUGAAACCACAAGAUCUGAACACACAACACACUGAAUCUUCUUCUUCAUCUUCAGAUCUCCCUAAAAUGAAGGUAAUCGAGAAGAUUCUCGAGUCCACAGCGGCCGGAGAGGCCGGAAAAGUAGUCUUCUCGUUCGAAUUCUUUCCACCGAAAACGGAAGAAGGUGUUGAAAACCUAUUCGAGCGAAUGGAGCGAAUGGUGGCUCAUGAUCCUACAUUUUGUGAUAUUACUUGGGGCGCCGGUGGAUCUACGGCGGACCUGACGCUGGAGAUUGCUCGGAGGAUGCAGAAUUUGGUGUGUGUGGAGACGAUGAUGCAUUUAACGUGUACUAAUAUGCCUGUGGAGAAGAUAGAUCAUGCGUUGGAGACGAUUAAGAAGGAUGGGAUUCAGAAUGUGUUGGCUUUGAGAGGUGAUCCGCCACGUGGCCAGGAUAAGUUUGUUCAGAUCCAGGGAGGCUUUGCUUGUGCUCUUGAUUUGGUGGAGCAUAUCCGCAAGUCAUAUGGCGACUAUUUUGGCAUUGCUGUUGCUGGUUAUCCAGAGGCACAUCCUGAAGUCAUCGAAAGCAAUGGUAUGGCUACACCGGAAGCAUACGCAAAGGAUCUUGCUUACCUCAAGAGAAAGGUUGAUGCUGGAGCAGAGGUGAUUGUCACUCAGCUUUUCUACGAUGUCGACAAUUUUCUCAAAUUUGUGAACGAUUGCCGUCAAAUUGGAAUAACGUGUCCUAUUGUUCCUGGAAUCAUGCCCAUCAACAACUAUAACGGCUUCAUUCGCAUGACUGGUUUCUGCAAAACUAGAAUCCCAUCUGAAAUCACGGCUGCUUUGGAACCCAUCAAGGAUAACGAGGAAGCUGUUAGAGCUUACGGAGUUCACCUUGGAACCGAAAUGUGCAAGAAAAUUAUGGCUAGUGGAAUUAAGACGUUGCAUCUUUACACACUUAACAUGGAGAAGUCUGCACUCGGGAUUUUGACUAAUCUUGGAUUGAUUGAAGAAACCAAGAUAUCAAGGCCGCUGCCAUGGAGGAGACCUACCAACCUUUUCCGCCUUAAAGAAGAUGUUAGGCCAAUAUUCUGGGCCAAUCGUCCAAAGAGUUACAUAACAAGGACUGCUGGUUGGGAGCAAUAUCCACAUGGGCGUUGGGGCGAUGCUUCUAAUGCAUCAUACGGAGCGUUGACUGACCAUCAGUUCAUGCGACCACGUGCACGUGAUAAGAAAAUUCAAGAAGAGUGGGUGGUACCUUUGAAAAAGUUUGAUGAUAUUUCCGAGAAAUUCAUGAAAUACUGCCUUGGGCAACUGAAAACCAGCCCGUGGUCUGAACUCGACGCACUUCAGCCGGAAACAAAGAUUAUCGAUGAACAACUAGCUUCGAUAAACCUCAAGGGUUUCCUCACCAUCAACAGCCAACCGCCCGUUAAUGGAGCGAAAUCGGACCUCCCAACCGUUGGAUGGGGCCCAGCAGGUGGGUACGUUUACCAGAAAGCGUAUGUAGAGUUUUUUUGCUCGGGUGAAAAGUUAAACGCGCUGGUGGAGAAAACCAAGGCAUACCCUUCACUCACAUACAUAGCAGUGAACAAAGACGGGACUUUGGUGUCCAACGUGGGGAAAAAUGACGUGAAUGCAGUUACAUGGGGAGUGUUUCCCGCCAAAGAAAUCAUUCAACCAACCGUUGUUGAUCCUGCGAGCUUCUUAAUAUGGAAGGAUGAAGCUUUCGAAAUCUGGUCAAGAGGAUGGGCUCAAUUGUAUCCUGAAGAUGAUUCUUCUAGAUCACUUCUUCAAGAGGUACAGAACACUUACUACUUGGUAAGCUUGGUCGAUAAUGACUACAUCAACGGCAACUUGUUUACUGUUUUCAGCAACUUCUAAACUUGUCCGGCGAAUCAGUCUCUAUAGAGAAAAUGAAUGUACCUCUUUAUUUUUUACGUGUUUUAUGUAUUGUAAGCAACUAAUCGAUCAAAGAGAGGGCAUACGAGCUCACGGUUACUUGGUAUGAGGGCGAGUAAUAAUGCAUAAAUGCACAAUGUAUCAUCCUAUCAUUGCUUGCAACAGUUUAUGUAUUAUGUGUUAUUGGGUUUUGUUACAUAGUUUUUUCUACUUCUAUUGGAAGAUGUGAUUUUGUUUUUGUG